CCUUAGCGUCAUCUUUCCGCGUCCGCUUAGCCUCGAAAGUGACAGGACACAUGAAGAGAUGCGUAGUUAGAGUUAGUAGUUACAGGGAUACCAAAGCACGAAUAUGUCUUUUGUUGUUUCCCGGUGUCUGUAUGGGGAUUUGUCCCGAAACAUCGCUCCGUUAUGUGUGAUGUUUGCAGGAAGCCAGCGUACUCUCCAGAGUCCCUGGUUCUCUGCUGUGAUGUCUAUCAGGACAUCAGCUCCUCUCAGUGCAGAGCCCAAGAAGAAGAAAAAAGUGGACCCCAGACGUGAGCAGCUCUUAAGAGAACGACUGAAGAAAAAGUUGAAGAGACUGGAGCGAGUCCCUCCAGAGCUUAUUCCCAUUGAGGACUUUGUUAUUCCGACUAAAUGUUUGGAUGAAACCAGACAGCGCUCUGCACCCCGGCUGUCAUUUGAAGAAAGUGAACGGAGAGCUGUGCUACUGAAGAAGUGGUGUAAAUACAAACAGGAGCAGCACAUGGCUGAGAUGAAGGCAGUUGAACUCGCUCUUGAAGCCCAGAGGGAGGCGCUAGAGGAGCUGAAAAUUGAAUCGGAGGAGCUCUAUCUUGCUGCUCUGACACCUGACCUCAGUCUUUUCCCCCUGUCUCGGGAUGGUCCUGUCUAUACACCACCGAAAACGAUUCACGAAGCUCCUGAUGGGAAAUAUAACGACAUCACUCGAGUCUACACGCAGUGACCGGCAACAAAAUUUGAGAAGAGCGGCUUAUCACCGUUACCAUGAAAGACAUUGUCCACAAUAUCAAUUAAACUGUGUGAAUCUGCUGAAAGUAAUGUCACAUCAUUUUGUCAAAAUAUGAAAUGAUUGAAAUGAUGAAAUUCUCCAAUUAAAAAGGUGUUACCGAUGGGAUUAGUUUCUCUUUUUAAAAAUAUUAAACUUGCUGCUUCCAAAAUGAGAUGGAUCAUUGACAGACCAAAAUCUGUGUCAGACUUCCUCAACUGGAAAGAUACCAACUGAGAUGGAGCUACCACAUACAAGAAGACCUUUGGAAUAUAAGUUGCACCUGGAAGGUGGAAAGACACUCUUCACCACUUCUCCAGCGUACUGAUUCGUGAGGCAGAGCCUCUUAGCUGCAGUCCAUAUAGUUCAUGUCUCAAUUUAUUCUGAGAGUAUCUCUGAAGCCCCAAAUUCAUUUGAGUGUCUCCACCAUAAUGCAUAGCCUGACGACCCAAAACAUGCAGGUAUUGGUGUGGAUUUUUGCUGUGUAAAUAUGAGCUCUGUCACAUUCUCAACUCUUGUGGUUGUGUAAUCAGUCUGGGAGUUGAAAUAAUAUAACAGGCAUUUUGAUUCCCUAAACAUUUUACUCAUAUAUAUAUGAGACCACUAAAACAAUGCAUGAUGACCUAUGGGUCACAAACAGAUGGUUCCAGAGAAUAGUUUUGUUGAAGUUGUGCAAUGAAUAUUAAAUAUGUUGGACAGUCAUAGCAGGUUCAUGAGUUAUAU